CUGAUGCGAUGAGGACGAUGCCACCAGCACUCCUGCUGCUGGCCCUGCUCUGCCUCGCCAGCGUUGCAGCAGCGCCCAUUGGCGAGCAUGUGGAUCAUGCUGGCUGCAUUCGGAUAACGAUAGUCAAGCGGCCGCUGGCGACAACGUCGACGACGACCACAACGACGACGACGACCACCACAACGACAACGGCGGCCACCACAGUGGCCACUGGCUGAAGAUGCGCUGGAAUUUGAAUUAGAUUUGUGUAUUCGAAUGUAAUAAAAGGCUCGGAC